GAGAAUAGAAACCGAAAGUAAACAAUGAAUGGAAAACGAAUCUUAACGGUGACUGUGUUGAUCAGCUGACUCAGCCUAUAAAAGCCACAGUGAGCUGAAACCUGCAGCACUGCUACAGCUGAGCAUCUGUUUAUCUGUCACUGUCUGAAGACUCGAAGUUUUUCACUGACUCAACAAGUGAUCACAAGGCCACUUAUCAUGGAUAUAAACAUCACUAUGCUGGGUGGGCCUUCCCUGAACCUGUGUGUGAAUCCAACGGACACGGUGGGCUUUCUGAAAACACUCAUCCAGGAGAAAAAGGGAUGUGCACCUGAGAGCCAGAAGCUGACCUUUGUCAACGGCCAGAAGGUAACUCUCAAUGACGACUCCUGGUCUGUCAGUUCCUACGGCUUGCACUCUGGCUGCCAGGUGUCUCUGCUGGUGACCGAUAUCAUCCAGGUGUUCCUGAGAAAAGACGGCAGGUCAAAUACCUACGAUAUCAAACCCGACGAGACUGUCAGCAACUUCAGGUGCAGGGUCCAGGCCAGAGAGAGAGUCCCGAAUGACCAGUUCAGACUGGUGCAUGAGAGCCAAGAUAUGACAGAGGGGAAACUGGCGGACUACAACGUCAAAGCAAAUAGCACCAUCGACCUGAUGCUGCGUCUGAGAGGAGGCUGAGGACACUUUGACUUGGCUGAUAUAUCAGAGGUUUAAUAUAUUAUUUUAUUCCAAAUGAAUGAAGACCAAAUAACUUGUUUAUUUAUUGUUAUUUAAAAGGGAAAUAAAGCGUAUCUAAUGAAAACGGUUUAUGCAUUGAUAUGUUUUUUAUGUGUGUAAUUUAGUUUUGGCAAUACAAUAAAAAUGUUGUAGUUAAAAAUGGACAAAAACAACAUGGUUUGAUUAUGUUAACUGGGAACAAAAAUAAUAAUAAAGUUCCAAAUGUGAACACA